AUGGCGGAGAGAAAUAGUGCGAAAAAAAAGUUGGCCGUAGCCACCGAAGAGGAAAAUAGUGUGAAUGUAAUUAGCGAGCUGGAGCACACCAAGGACAACAUCGUCGAUUCCUUGGGGUUGCUGGAGUUCUACGUGCAGGAAUUCGACAAGACGGAGAAGAUCCAAGGACAGGUAGGAGCGUGGGCAGAGAAGUUGGAGCAGUUCUAUGAUGAUUACCAUCGGAUCGUCGCGAAACUGGAGAGUUUCUCCACCGAAGAGGAGCCCGUUGACUUAAAAGGUGAGCGUAUCGAUUUUGACACCCGGUAUUACGCGCUGCGCGCGUUUUACAUGAGUAAAUUGAAGAAAUCCAGUGGUUCAGCGUCCGUAAAUCCUCCGCCUCCGGUGAGACCUCUCAACAUACGGCUACCGGAGUUGAUUUUGCCUAAAUUUAGCGGGAAACUGGAAGACUGGUGUGUUUUUUGCGAUUCGUUUGAGUCAGCGGUUGGUUCUCGUGACGAUAUCAGUGCGGUAGAGAAGAUGCACUAUUUGAAGGGCCUAGUGCAUGGAGAAGCAGCGCGCAUCCUCGACCCGAUAAAAAUCAGCGAGCAGGGAUACAAAGACGCCUGGCGAUCGUUGCGUCUGCGGUUCCAGAAUAAACGUCAGCUGAUCAAAUGCCACAUCAAAACCCUCUUCGAUACCCCAACGAUGCGCAAGGAGAGCGCCGAAGAACUUCUGACCUUGGUGGACCGUUUUGAACAACAAAUUUCCGUUCUCAAGAAUUUGGGAGAACCGGCCGAUCGUUGGAGUUCUCUUCUUGUUUACCUGUUGUCUGUCCGUCUCGAUCCGAGUACGUUACGCGAAUGGGAGAAUCACUGCGCCAAACUCGACGCCGAUAACAUCGCCGCUGUUCUGGGAGGUACCGCCCGAGAUUUCGACCAUAUCAACGAGGAGUCAACAGCAAUGCCUUCGUACGUUUCCAUGGUCAAUUACCUCCAGAAUUAUGCUCGAGUUUUGCAAGCCGUCUCUCCUAUCGUCUCCCAGUCUGCUCCACGCUCCAUGCCGCCUCGCCCUCUGCCUCCACCUACCAAGUUCGUUUCGUUUCCUGCAGCAGCACAGUCUGAACCGUCCAGUUCAGCUGCAGCCAGUGUCAUCCAGUCGUCGAAACCAUGCGUCAAGUGCGGUCAAGCGCACUACCUCUACCAGUGUCCCGAGUUCCGCAAGAUGACCGUCACCCAACGAUCGGAGCUCGUGCGGCGAAACCGGCUGUGUAUGAACUGCAUGCGUUCAAACUCUCACUAUGCGAGGACCUGUUCUGCCCAGAGAUGUCGUGUGUGCUCCAAGAAGCACCAUACUCUUCUGCACUUGGAUUCUACCGAUUCAGGUGUCGGUUCGGGCAGUCAGUCUAAUACCAGCUGCUGCGUGGCACUCCAGCAACAAAACUCUUCUGCUCCACAAGCCCAUGUAGCAUCCGUUUCGCAAACCGCGAAGUCCGCCACCACAGUCGCCGUCCAGCAACAGUCUCCCUCUACGUCGAACAACUACAACGUCAAUGGCUCUUCUGGAAACCCACAGUACGCUCUCGUUACGCAUUCUGCGGGGACGAUUCCAGAAGCUGUCUUCCUACCAACCGCCAUGGUGAACAUCAGGGACAGUAGAGGUCGAGUUUGCACCGUGCGCUGCUUGUUGGACUGUGCUUCCCAACGUAGUUUCGUGUCGAAGGCUGCAUGUGAUCGACUGCAGCUCCCACGUAUUCGUCUACCGAAUUCAAUCACCGUCAGCGGAAUCGGUAAUGCUACAACAUCGGUUGAUUACCAGUCCACGGUGACGAUCUUCUCGCGAGUGUCGCCGUUCACCAUCAAGGACACGAUGUUGGUGCUGCCAUCAAUCACUGUGAAGCUUCCACAGUCGACGGUAGACACUCGUCACUGGUCCAUUCCUCGCCAUCUGGAUCUUGCCGAUCCUACAUUUGCGGUUACUGGAAACAUUGACAUUAUCCUGGGUGCAGCACAUUUCCUCCGUGUGCUCCGUUAUGGUCGUAUUUCGCUUGGAGAUGACUUGCCUCUGCUGCAAAGCACCGAGUUCGGUUGGGUCGUUUUCGGAAAAUGUGUGCUGAACAACCACGACCACAGUGAUUCGCAAAGGUGCCAGUUCAGCAACCCUUGCACCAUCAACGAGCUGGUCAAUCGUUUCUGGCAGCUUGAAGAGAUCCAGAACAACAAGGGAUGGUCACCGUCAGAACGGUACUGCGAAGAGCACUUCACCGCUAACACCGUUCGCAACGCCGAUGGACGCUACGUUGUGAGACUUCCCAAACGUGAGGAGCUACUUGGGCAGCUACGAGACAACCGCUACAACGCUACAAAACGUUUCUACGGGCUGGAACGUUCGUUCGCUGCAAACCCUAUGAAGAAAGCGUUGUACCAGGAGUUUAACCGUGAGUACCUCAACUUAGGUCAUAUGUACGAGGUGAAAUCUGCCGAAGAGGAUCUCCAGCCGCAGUAUUUCCUCCCUCAUCACGCUGUCAUGAAGCCAGAGAGUACCACGACAAAGAUGCGCGUUGUUUUCGAUGCGUCGUGCCGUUCCAAGUCGGGCCUGUCGCUCAACGAUGUUCUUCUCUCCGGGCCAACCAUCCAAGAUACACAGAUGUCACAAUCGUUUUACGCUUCAGAUUCCACAACUACGUCGUCUCAGCUGACAUUGAGAAGAUGUACCGUCAAGUCAUGGUCCACGAGUCAGACCAACCUUUCCAGCGAAUUCUGCGGCGUGACGAUCCUGUUCUCCCGCUCAAGGUGUUUCAACUUCGCACUGUCACCUACGGCACCAGUAGUGCCCCAGCUGCGAGAUACUGCAACAUUGCGCGACUUGAACGACGACUUCUCCGUGACAGCACUUGGCCUUCGUUGGGAGCCAGAAACGGAUAACCUUCUCUUCAAGACUCCAAAGUGGAAGGAACACGCAACGCCAACUAAGAGAACGGUACUUUCCGACAUCAGCAGCCUUUUUGAUCCACUGGGGUUGAUUGGUCCGACGAUCGCCAGGGCUAAAAUCAAGCUUCAAGGAUUGUGGAAGCUGCAGCUUGACUGGGACACACCAGUACCCGAUCAGUUCGCCCACGAUUGGACCUGUUUUCGGCAGAAACUCGUCGCACUCGUACAUGUUCGUGUCCGGGUUACACACGCCUGGAGAUUCAUGGCUUCAGCGAUGCUUCGGAGGACGCCUAUGGCGCAUGCAUAUAUCUUCGCUCCGUUUUCGCUGCUGGAACGUGUACCGUACGUCUUCUCAGCGCAAAAUCCAAGACUUCUCACGAAGGUUUUGGACAGCGUCGACGUUUCAGCAACGACAUACCUGUGGACUGAUUCAACGAUCGUGCUGAACUGGAUCUUGGCCACACCGUCAACCUGGAAGACGUUUGUAGCGAACCGUGUGGCAGAAAUACAAGAGCUCACGUCUCAUGCUGUGUGGCACCACGUCCCGUCAGAAGAUAAUCCCGCAGAUUUAAUCUCCCGUGGAAAAGACCUCGAUGAACUUCUCGACGCUUCGUUGUGGUGGAACGGACCGACGUGGUUGCACUCCGAGACUUCUCCGUGGCCCGAAACCGUACCCUAUUCCAGAGCUACCACGGAGAUUCUUGAGACUCGUAAGACAGUGGCCCUUCCAGUUGCUGACCAACAACCACCCGAUAUCAUCGAUCGCUACCACAGCAUUCGUCAAGUGCUCCGAGUGGCUGCCCUCCUCUGGCGAUUCUGCGAAAACUGUCGUCGUCACGCACAAAACCAACCACGCGUUGUUGGACCGCUGACUCCCGAAGACAUCGACCACGCCUUGUUGAUGCUGAUUCGCAGAGUCCAAGGGCAGUGCUUUGACAUCGAGAUACGGCACCUCACUAGUUCUGGCCAGGUGGACAGAAAGUCGAAGCUCCGUUUCUUACAUCCCCAGAUUGUGGACGGAAUAAUCCGAGUUGGCGGCCGGUUGCACUUCGCGCGAAUACCGAUCGACGAGAGACAUCCCAUCGUGCUACCUGCUAACCAUCGACUCACUGAGAUGAUCUGUCGACGAGAGCACCUCAAGACUCUGCACGCUGGUCCAGGAUUGCUACUUUCGUCCCUCCGUCAGAGAUUUUGGCCUCUUGGCGGUCGGAACCUUGUGCGAAAGGUCGUUCAUCGAUGCGUCACGUGUACGCGAGCCAAACCUCAGUCGUUGCAGCAGCUGAUGGGCAACCUUCCACCAGUUCGGGUCAACCAGGCGUACCCAUUCCAAAACGUUGGUGUCGACCUUGCUGGGCCAUUCUACGUUCGAACCGCGUUAAGGAACAAGCGAACACCGUUUUUCAAGGCCUACAUUGUGGUGUACGUCUGUAUGGCUACAAAAGCUGCGCAUCUCGACCUCGUCACCGAUCUGACGACCGCAGCAUUCAUCGCCAGCCUUGGUCGAUUCGUCAGUCGAAGGGGAAAGCCGAGCCACAUCUUCUGCGAUAAUGCGACCAACUUCGUCGGUGCACAGCGAGAGCUAGGGGAACUGAGGAAACUCUUCCAGUCCCAACACCAUCAGGAUGCUGUAGCCAGAGAGUGCACGGAUGAUGGAAUCGAAUUCCACUUCAUUCCGCCCCGCUCGCCGUCGUUUGGAGGAAUCUGGGAGGCAUGCGUGAAGUCCGCCAAGAUGCAUCUGCGCAGGACUCUUGGAAAUGCCCAUUUGACCGAGACCGAACUCCAGACAGCUCUGUGCCAAGUUGAAGCAAUGCUUAACUCUCGUCCGAUUACGCCAAUGCCAGGCGCUCCAACAGACGAACUCUCGCUGACUCCAGGACACUUCUUGAUCGGUCGGCCGCUUAACGCGAUGCCUGAUCCCGAUAAGACUAGCAUUUCAGAGAAUCGUUUGUCUCGCUGGGAACGAGUUCAGCAGUUGUCGCAGCAUUUUUGGAACCGCUGGCAUACUGAAUACCUCACCACGCUGCAACAUCGAUACCGGUGGAUUGAAGCAUUGGAUAACCUUGCCGUUGGGUCCAUCGUCGUCUUGAAGGAUGAACAGCUACCACCGCAGAAGUGGGCCCUGGGUCGCGUGCUUAGCGUGCAUCCCGGUACCGAUGGCCGUGUUCGAGUAGCCACCGUGAAGACCAGCUCCGGAAUCAUGCAACGUGCGAUCUCUAAGCUGUGCCUGCUUCCUGUUGAGAUCGAUCCGGAAUCCGUUUCACCGACGCCAGAACUAGCUGGUCCUAGCUCAGAGUGA